CUUGCCUCCGAUUCAGAUCGGAGGUCGGAGCAGUGCAGACAGCGGACCGCCAGUUAUUUAACGGCUACCGGGUCGAGUGGAUUGCUGCUUCAAUUCACUGCAUCGCACGUGUGGCAUAUUUAACCUUUAUCCCGCGGUUCUUAUGAGUGAAAAGCAUAACCCGUAAAAUAUAUGUUUGUGCUAAUCUGUAUUUAAGGCUCGGAAGUAACAUGUGGAGGCUGCUAAAUGCGAUAUUAUUAGUGUUUAUUGUGCCCACAGCGAUCACUGUAUCCGACAACUUUCUUAAGAUGUUUGAGGGACAACAGACCCCAGUUGAUCCUUGCUAUGAUGAAGAUCGGCCGCGUCGGUGUAUACCAGAUUUCGUUAAUGCUGCUUUCGGUGUACCCGUGAAAGCGUCUUCUACUUGCGGCCUUCAUUCACCUGUACCUUACUGUGAAUCACCCGAGUCGGGAAGUAAUUCUCAGUGCUAUUUAUGCGACGACAGAUCACCAAAGAAUCGAUUUCCAGCGUCUCACCUUACUGAUCUCAACAAUCCAAAUAACGUAACUUGCUGGCGGUCUGAACCUUUGCCUCCAGUCACUUCCAUUAAUGCUGCACCAGAUAAUGUAACGUUGAUCCUCAGCUUAGGAAAAAAGUACGAACUGACAUACGUUAGUUUGCAAUUUUGCCCUAACACACCUAAACCAGAUUCUAUCGCGAUUUAUAAAAGUAUGGACUAUGGAAAGACGUGGCAAGCGUUUCAGUUUUAUUCGACUCAGUGUCGCAGAGUUUAUGGCAGGCCAAACAAAGCUACCAUCACCAAAGUGAACGAGCAAGAGGCACGAUGCACUGACGCCCAUCGUUACACGGGAGGCGAUAAUCAAAGCCUUGGACAAUCAUCGAGAAUAGCUUUUAGCACCUUGGAAGGCCGUCCUAGUGCAUUGGAUUUUGACAACUCUCCCGUCCUCCAAGACUGGAUUACCGCUACCGAUAUCAAAGUUAUUUUUAAUCGCUUCCAGAUGCCUGUUGACGAUACCAGUUCAGAAAAUCAAGAUACGGUUGCUCCUGAACACACUUUCAUAAAUAAACAAACUUUGGAACUUCAAACUAAAGAACCUGUUGUUCAGUUAGUAAACGAAAUGCAACCAUUAGAUACAGAGGAUUUGAAAACUCCCGAUUCUGCCGAUUUGCAAUUCAACGGGAUAAGUGGAGGGUAUCAGAUCACUCAUCAGUACGCUGUAGCUGAUUUUGCUGUUGGUGGAAGAUGCAAGUGCAAUGGACACGCGAGCCGCUGUGUCACAGCGAGAGACGGACAACUUGCCUGUGAAUGCAAACAUAAUACUGCGGGAAAAGACUGCGAAAGAUGUAAACCAUUCCAUUUUGAUAGACCGUGGGGUAGAGCUACCGUCAGAGAUGCCAAUGAAUGUAAAGCUUGCGAAUGUAAUCAACAUGCUCGAAGAUGUAGAUUUAAUAUGGAACUUUACAAACUGUCCGGACGAGUUUCUGGUGGAGUAUGUCUUAAAUGCCGUCAUUACACUGCUGGCCGACACUGUCACUACUGCAGGGAGGGAUACUACCGUGAUCCAACAAAACAAAUUACUCAUCGCAAAGCUUGUAAACCUUGCGAUUGUCAUCCUAUUGGGUCCUCAGGAAGAACAUGUAAUCAAGCUACAGGCCAAUGUCCAUGUAAAGAUGGAGUAGUAGGUACGACUUGCAAUCGAUGUGCCAAAGGAUAUCAACAAAGUCGCUCUCACAUUGCUCCAUGUAUCAAGAUUCCCGUUGUACAAAUUAUGGCCACUGAAGAAGAAAAUGAAAACAGCGAAGAUGACACAGACGCAGAUUCAAUGGCAGCUCACUGUGGUAAAUGUAAAUCCAGCACCAAGAGAUUAAAUCUGAACAAGUAUUGUAAAAGAGACUAUGCAAUUAUGGCCAAAGUACUAUCACGUAUGGAAAACAACGAAGAGGAACAUACCAAAGGAUGGAUCCGUUUUAUGAUUAGCGUAGAAUUUAUUUAUAAAAAAUCACGAAACUCCCGAAUACGGAAGGGUACUCUGCCAAUGUUAGUCCCUGAAUCGGAUUUAGCUUGCAAGUGUCCAAAAAUUAAAGCAGGAAAAUCAUACUUGUUUCUGGGACGAGAAAAAGACGAUUCACCUGCUGGUAUCCUUACAAAUAGUUUAGGAGUUACUGAAAGAUCAAUUGUUAUAGAAUGGAGAGACGAGUGGGAUCAACGAAUGCGAAGAUUCCGUAGAAGAGCUCGAAAAUGCAAGUAAUCUAUAUUAUACUAACAAUUACUUAAAACAUUUUUAUUAAAAUAAGGUAAAAUUUGACGCUAACCAAGUCACUGUGAUUUAAUUUUAAUGUUUUAUGUUGUAAGGUUAUUUAUGCAAUUGUAGAGGCUUCUUAUCAUGUCAUAUCAGUAUCAGUACUUUUGGCAAAAUGUCAAUCGUUACAAAGAGAUAGGUGUAAGGAACUGCAACCUGUAAAAAUUAAAUUUUUAUUUUUAAUAUAAUAUGUAUUGGAUAUAACUUAAAAUAAUUGAAGUUUAUAUUUUGAAAACAGAAAAAUACUUUACUCUCUGUGCUGUUUUCAGGUAAUUAAAUUUGCUACUUCUGUUGAUACAUUAGUGGUAAAUUUCAUCUUUUAUGAUUAUGUACUCCUAUCUUACGUAACACAAUUGACAUAACUUUUAUGCCUUAACUCAUUAUUAUGUAUGUAUUAUUAUACAGAGUAUUAGGGAAAGCAAUUGGCAAAAUUAAACUUAUUUUAUAAUGAAGCCUAAAACUUUUAAUGUCCUUGAAGAAUAUUUAAAUCACACAAUUACGAGAUACUGCACUACCAAAAUAUGUUUUUAUUGUCUUAUUUGACUGCUCUAUCAUUAUCAAUGUCCUACUGUUAGACGACGAGAUCAUUUUUUUUUCCGAAGAAAGACAAUUUUGGAACGCAGUUUUCAGUUAUGUCAAAUAUUAAAAUGAGAGAAAUGAUUAUUAUAUUAAACAGGAUUUCAUUAUAACGUUUUGAUAUUCCUAUAAUUCGUGAAACGUAAAAAUGAAUACCACGCUUGACUUACUAAAUAAACUGCAGGCGCCUAUAAUUAAGUCAAGUCUGACACAAAAUUGUGUCAAAUCUGUAUUUCUUCAAAAGUAAGUGUCCUUUCAUUUAAAACAUAAAUAAACAUAACUGAUAUAACUGCAACACAAAAAUAUAAAUAAAUAUGAGUUUUAUUUGUCAUUUUGCUUCUAAACAACUUUUAAAUUUUGACGGUGGCAUUUCCUAAUACCCAGUAUGUACUUAAUGAAGUACGCUUUUUUGUUAAUUUGUAUCAUUAUGGGUACUACUUACAUUAACAAACAAAUCCUAGCUCCACUUGUAAAUAUUAUUUAUUAUUAUUUUUAACAAAGAUUACUGUAAUAUUUAGUGUUUAUUUGAUAAUAAGAAUAUGUAUUUAUCUUUUUCUAGGCCGGAUAUAAUAUUAAAUUAUUUUAAACUGAAAUCCAUACGUUAUCUUUAGAUAUGUAUAGUAUUGCACUGAUUUUUUGCAUUAUUACUACAUUUGUUGUUACCGAUUACAUCUUCCUGAUUUUGUCUAACUUCAAAUAUAAUCACUUUUUGUAUUUUAAACAUAUUUAAACUGUAUUAUAAAAUUAAAUCAAACAAAUCACACGUCUGUAUUUCCUCAAGAAAUGUUUUUGUUGUUUUUUUUUAGCUCAGUUGAUCUUAAAAGAUGAUACCCACCAAAAAUUAUGUGUUCUAUUUUUCUGUCCCACUGUUACACAAUAAAUGGUUACUUUUUUUUUCACUUGCAUUUAUUAUUUUGUUUGGAUAGCAAUAUAGUCAAAUUAGAUCUAAGUUUCUCAUAUAAGAAAAAAUAUCAUGUAAAGAUUCCUUAC